CACUGGCCCAAGAGACGGGUACACUUGUUGCUUUUCUCAACCAUCUCUCUACUCUUGCACCACAUUCAUCACAAAGUAGUACCCAAUCAUGGUCACGACUCGCAUGGUACUCGCAGCACUCGUCGCUGCAUCCGGAGCACUCGCAGGAAAGGGCGUCUGGGGCGACACUUGCUCCCAAGCCAACAACAAGCUCGACGCUAGCACAUGGGCACUCUCUACCGAUUGCUCAGUGUCCACGUACUGCGACGACACUGGCCACUGUGUUCCCAAGGGCUGUCGUCAGGACCUCUACCCAUUGGGUUACAGCAACUAUUCGUUUGCCCAGCUGCCUCCAAUGUGUCCUCAGGGCCAGUUCUGCCCCGACGAGGGUGACCGCUGUCUCGAACAGUCGCCUCUUGGUGGACCGUGUCAGAAGGACCGUGACGACCAGUGCCAGCCGCCUCCCAACUCGAAGGAGCUGGCCGGUUACCUCAACGUCAACGGCUCGAUCUGCUUGAACUUUACGUGCUACUACGCCGAUGCUCAGGUCGGCCAGAGCUGUGUCACCGAGAACACUCUUUACACCGGAACCAAUGACGCCGGUACCACGUUUGCGUACAUUGUGUCGCGCGACAACUGCCGCAACGGUUACUACUGCGAUGGCACGCAAAACCAGUGCAUGAAGGGCAAGAACCGUCGCGCGGCUUGCAGCGGUAACAAGGAGUGCAUCUCGUACAACUGUCAGCCGAACGGCACUUGUGGCAAGGCUGCCGACGAGCCGCUCCACACUCCGGCCUGGGUGUACGCCAUUGUCGGCAUUGCCAUUGUUGCUUUGAUUGUCGGCGUCAUGACAGGUCUCUGGUUCCUCCACAAGCGCUCGCGCGAGGAGCACCAGGUCAUGCUGGAGCAGUACUACAACGAGCAGAUUGCGUACCGCCAGUCGAUCAUGUCCAUGUCGCACGCAAAGAACUCGCUCCUCUCGCUCCCUCAGGGAACUACGCCAGACGCGGCCCGUGCUUCGCUGUUUGGCAACGAGGACUCUGCAGGCUACUCUACGGCCAUCAACCCCGUGCCGCCCAACAUGCAGCGCGAGGUCAGCGCCGGGUACUCUGACGAGAACUCGGUGCUGAUGAUGGACCGCGGCCACGGAGGUGGUCUUAGUGCCCUCGGCAGCCGUUUCCGCCGUUAAACGGCACAUGGACAUUUCGAGCUCGCCGGCGACUAAGGCUGCUUGCUCAACACCACCGGGGCUGCCCGCAACCCCGCCACUUAUGACACAUUGGCCCUGCUGCCCCAUACGUUUACAUACACAUGCAUGACUGUACGAGAUGGUGAGGGGGAGUGGGGGGGGAGUGGUGUGGUAGUCGUUGUUGCUAUGCUGUUUGUCUCCUCUACUUGCAUGUGCUACUAUCCCAAGACACUGAGCAUGUCCUCUACGCGCCUAAACUUCUCCCUUUCCUUGCCGGUGCCCUUUGCGCGCUCCUGCUCAGCCUUGUCGAUAGCAUGCCACCCAGCGAGGGGAACGACACGGCCGUCCUUGAGGCCCUUCUCGACGGCGUCAGGCCGGCCGCCCUCCGGCGCGAGCGGGAUCGCCGCGCCGGCGUCCCGGCGCACGAACGGCCCGUCGUCGGCAACAUAGUCGCCCAGGAUGCCCUCGACGAGAC